AUGGCUGGUCUAAGGACGACCACUACAUCAUUUUCAUUUCUGCUCCUCCUCUCGAACAUACCCCAGCUCAUCGCACAAGCCGUCUCGAUCCUUCCUAGUACCCCGUCUCCCACAUAUCCAGCAUGCGCUUUCAAUUGCGACAAUCUCAAUGGUGCUUCAGCAUACUGCAUCCAAACCAAUGUAGGCGCAUCUCAGCAAACCGUCGAUUCCUGCUUCUGUCAACGGGCAGAAGUCACAUCUUUCUAUAUAGCAUCAACAGGCGUAUGCGAUGCCUUUUGUACAAGCGACUCUGAUCGCUCAACCCUCCAGUCCUGGUUCCAGAACUAUUGUGCCACUGCGGGCUUCAGCGCAGGUCAGGCUGCAACAGUCACCACUCUGGUCACCAGCACAAGGACACCGGCCGCUACCGCUACUGGGAACUCAAGGACAGGUGCUGGCACACAGCCAGCAUCCACAUCGCAGGAUGGAGGAUGGUUUGCUUCCCACUGGAAAUGGAUAGUGAUGGUCAUUGUUCUCUUUCUUGGACUGAGUGGUGUUGCUGUGCUAGCAGUGUGCCUUAAGCGUCGUCAUGCACGCAAAGUCGAUAAAAGACGUGCUGCCUUGUCAGGGUUUUCCACUGCUCGUGGAGGGGGCUCGCCGGAAACUGGACACGGUCGAGAUAUGUGGGGUCCGCAUCAACACAUGGCGCACACUGGAGGUUGGGACUACACAACAGACCAAGACAGAGAAAUGAGGGAGGCUUCAGCAGCAGGAGGCGGUGGCGGGGUUCUGGGCAGUGCGAUGGGGGACUCCAAGAAUCCCAAAGGCGGCAGUCAGAGGAGACUUGGGAAGAAGUCAAGACAUGGAAGUCAGCGGAGUGCAAGAAAUGCUGGAAUCGACCCCGACAGGGUGAGGGGAGAGGAAGAUGAGAACACAAGGAUGGCAACUACAGCAGUGAGGAGGAGCAGGAGUGAGAGAAGGCGAGUACGAGAAGAGGGCCAAGAAAGAGAGCAGGAAAUCGAGAGAGGCCUGAGAGGCUUGCCUAUCAGGCACCAUCAUACGGGGGCAGGCAAGGAGAAGCAGAACGUUAGCAGAGAUGGAGGGUCAACACCGGAGAUGUCCGAACAGGAGAAAGACAUCAGAUGA